AUGGAGAGCGCCAAGAAGGAAAAGGCGGAGCACAUCCUGGCAGAGUUUCAGCUGCAAGAAGAAGACUUGAAAAAGGUGAUGAGACGGAUGCAGAAGGAAAUGGACCGAGGCCUGAGACUGGAGACCCACGAGGAGGCCAGUGUGAAGAUGCUGCCCACCUACGUGCGUUCCACCCCAGAAGGCUCAGAAGUCGGGGACUUUCUCUCCCUGGACCUGGGCGGCACCAACUUCAGGGUGAUGCUGGUGAAGGUGGGGGAGGGCGAGGCGGGACAGUGGAGUGUGAAAACCAAGCACCAGAUGUACUCCAUCCCCGAGGACGCCAUGACGGGCACAGCCGAGAUGCUUUUUGACUACAUCUCCGAGUGCAUCUCUGACUUCCUGGACAAGCAUCAGUUGAAGCACAAGAAGCUGCCCUUGGGCUUCACAUUCUCCUUUCCAGUGAGACAUGAAGACAUUGACAAGGGCAUCCUUCUCAACUGGACUAAGGGCUUCAAGGCUUCGGGAGCAGAAGGGAACAACAUUGUGGGGCUCCUGCGAGAUGCCAUCAAAAGGAGAGGGGACUUUGAGAUGGACGUGGUGGCAAUGGUGAAUGACACUGUGGCCACAAUGAUCUCCUGCUACUACGAAGACCAUCGGUGUGAAGUUGGCAUGAUUGUGGGCACGGGCUGUAAUGCCUGCUACAUGGAGGAGAUGCAGAACGUAGAGCUGGUGGAAGGAGACGAGGGCCGAAUGUGCGUCAACACUGAGUGGGGAGCCUUUGGAGACUCAGGCGAGCUGGACGAGUUCCUGUUGGAAUAUGACCGGGUGGUGGACGAGAACUCCCUGAACCCAGGCCAGCAGCUGUUUGAGAAGCUCAUCGGGGGCAAGUAUAUGGGCGAGCUGGUGCGGCUGGUGCUGCUGAAGCUCGUGGAUGAGAACCUGCUCUUCCACGGGGAGGCCUCGGAGCAGCUGCGAACACGAGGUGCCUUCGAGACACGCUUUGUAUCGCAGGUGGAGAGUGACUCAGGAGACCGGAAGCAGAUCUACAACAUCCUGAGCACACUGGGACUGAGGCCCUCCGCCACUGACUGUGACAUAGUGCGCCGGGCCUGUGAGAGCGUGUCCACUCGCGCCGCGCACAUGUGCGCCGCAGGACUGGCAGGAGUCAUUAACCGCAUGCGAGAGAGUCGCAGCGAGGACGUGAUGCGCAUCACCGUAGGGGUGGACGGCUCCGUGUACAAGCUGCAUCCCAGCUUCAAGGAGCGGUUCCAUGCCAGCGUGCGCAGGCUGACUCCCAGCUGCGAAAUCACCUUCAUCGAGUCGGAGGAGGGCAGUGGCCGGGGUGCAGCCCUGGUCUCCGCGGUGGCUUGUAAGAAGGCCUGCAUGCUGGGGCAGUGA